AUGUGGGUAGUACGAUACCAGAAUACAUUGGAAGAUGGCUCUAUUAGCUUUAUAUCAUGUUGUCUUCAGGCCUUCAAAACUUAUAGUAUAGGUAGAUCAAGUAAAAACCCACUGAUAAUUAAAAAUGAUAAAAGUAUUUCCAGACAGCAUAUCACAUUCAAAUGGGAAAUCAAUAAUAGUUCGGAUCUGAAACACAGUAGCCUGUGUUUAGUUAACAAGGGUAAAUUGACAUCAUUAAAUAAAAAAUUCAUGAAAGUUGGCGAAACAUUUACUAUUAAUGCCUCGGACGUUUUAAAGUCCACAAUAAUUGAACUGGGUACAACUCCUAUUCGUAUAGAGUUCGAAUGGAUAAAUGAAGUCUGGAACAUUCCUCCUCAUUUGACACAAUUCAGGACGAUGCUUUCUGAAUAUGGUAUCUCCACUGAGAUUUCUAUUAAUGAUAUUCCCGCUAAUCUGAUGAUUAGCGAUUACCCAAAGAGCGAGGACAACAGCAUACGGGAAUUGUAUGCCCUUGUUAGUACUAUACCCAUGAAAAAAUCACGGUUUCUGAUGGAAUUGUGUAAUACUCUUCUUCCCACAUCUAAAACUAAUUUAAAAUUUGAUGAAAUGUGGAACGAUAUGAUUAGUAAUCCGGAGUACAAUGUUUUUGAUUUUGAUCCAAAUAUUUUGCUUUCGAAGUUUAUGAGGCUGAAUAAUAUCAGAGUGUUAACUACUAUCAAAAGUGAACCACGUCUAUCAUCUCUCCUGCGGACGUUCAAUAUAAAUUUAUUUGCAUUUGACAACAUUGAUAGUUUAUAUAAAUAUGUUGACAGCUUGGAAGCAUCAACAGAAUACCUGAUUUUGACAACUACAGAUAAGAAAGAAAAUGGGAAAAUUCUAUGUACUAUCAAAACGAUGUUAACAUCAAUAAUAGAUGGCACCUUAAGCGCAGUGAUUAAUAUGAAGGGUGCAUCUUCAAGAACUCUAGAUAACGGUAAAUUUGAUCAAAUUUCUGAAGGAAUGUCUACUAUUUUGAAAACAUCUCGUGCACCUGAAGUUGAAGCUAGUCCAGUAGUCUCGAAGAAGCGAAAAUUAAAUAGACGUAGAGUACUACCACUCGAUAGUCUUGAUUUUUUUGCUGGAGGUUUGAGUACUAAGACUCUAUCAGAAAAUAGGUCUUUAACUGACGCUAAGAGACUUAAUUGUGGCGCAGAAUCAAAGACUGUCAUUUCAAGUCCCAACAUUGCAGAGGCAGAUGAAAAGCACGCCCCAUUUCUUCAAAACGCACUAAAGCCGACUGAAGAUAUUGGAAAGAAAAGUGGUCACAGUAGCCCUGGUGCUAUAAUUGUCAGUAGCCCCAACUUAGGUACUGUGAACACGAGUGAGGAUUCGUUGGAUAAGUCGCUACAGUCACAUAAGUUACCACAGCCGUCAUUGCCGGAGGUAGCAGGGAUUGGCUCUCAAACCAUAUCUUCGAACUCCGCUGACUAUGAAACAGCUGCUGUGAAUUCGAUGGAUGAUGCUGAAGUUACUAAGAAUUUUAGGGUGAAUCAUCACCAGAAUAUAGAGCAACCCUCUAAAAACAUCCGUAAACUUUCUAAUUAUUCACGAGAAAUUUCAUCUCCAUUACAAGAAAAUUGUAAGUCACCUGUAAAAGAGUUAUCUAUUAAAGAGAAAUCUGGUACGCCGCACGCAUUUGUUGAAGCUAUUCAAGAAACUAAAAAUAGAGAGGUCAAAAGAGUUAAGUCAACCAUUGUUGAAUUGAAGGAUGAGGAGUUGAGCGAGGAAGCUAUUAAUCAGCUAAAAAAUUUGGCUAUUGUAGAACCUAGUAACAAUUUACUGAGGAAAUCAUUUGAUAGUGAGGGAAACAAAACAAGCAGAACAACUGAAAAAUGGGAAAAUAGCCUAAUGGAGCCAGAAUGGCAUAAACGCAAGAAUUUCAAGACUUUUGUCAAGGUACGUCCAAAAUCAAAGGCGCACAAAGAAGAGGGUAAAAAUAACACUCAAAGCUCAGAUUUUAUACGAAAUGCAGCCUUUUUAAUCACUAGAAAUUAUGUUCCGUUAAAAAAAUACUCCAAAAAGGAUACAACUACAAAAUGGGGCACAGAAGAAAACGAAGAUAUGUUUGCUUUGACGGAGAUGGAAAGAUUUGGAUCGAAUACAUUUAUGUCCGAUAAUAUAAACUCAAACACUAUCCAGAAAAGAUCUCAAGCUCUAAACAGAUUCACGAAUGAGGAUAGUUCAAAUGAAGGAGAAGAAGAUUCGUUUUCUUUUUCUCGUUGUUCAGGUACUGCAGCCAGCGUUCAACCACUAAAAAACAAAAUUUUUAUUACUGAUGAAGAUGAUCUGGGUGAUAUUGAUGAUAAAAGCGAUAGACUAAAUCACAGAGAAAAUAAUCGUAAUCUUUUUGUGGUGAAGGAAAUGAACUUACGGCCAAACUUGUCAGAAGAAUGUUCCAAGCAAAGUAGACACAGUAGAAGCGCAACUAGUAGAUCACGUGGCUCUUUUGGGGCUUCUAAUAACGGUGAUGGCGACGACGACGAUGACGACGGUCCGAAGUUUACGUUCAAAAGAAGAAAAGGAUAA